GGCUAAAAUGGCAACACUGCACUGUACAAAUGUGCAAAUAUGAAACGAGUUAGCGAAUCCACUAGCAACCACGUUACAAUAUGCAAGUUUCGAAGGGAAAAGAGCCCUCCUGGACGGAUAACAGUGGACGAACAGAUCGUCAGAUUGAACGAGCAAAUGGACAUGGUGCUGGAAAACCAAAAGCAGAUCAUAGAAACCCUGAGAAAACUGACCAACAGCGGCAGUAAAGCGGACGAGUCGCGAGAAUCACUGAUUGAAGAAGAAGAGCUACAAAAAUUUCCUCUAACUGAAAUCGAGCAACUGGACAUAGUCGAGGAGGCGCUAAAUGAUCCGGAUAAUCGUUAUUUUCAAACAAUGAAGGAUAUUAUAAAGCCCGAAAAUAAGCCUCGUCCUGGCGGUCUGAGAAAACACUUUCAUCUGCUAAUGAAGGCGGACUUUUUUGUCCAAUUCAACUACGAUGGCAUCCACAACAAAUAUCCGUUCAAGAAGUAUAAAAACUUCAAUAAUGCUAUAUAUCGAAUCCAAAAGGUUGAUGGUUAUACAGAAGAUGAUUAUGUGACAGAAAUUAGAGCAGUAUUUCGUGCCUAUAAGAAUCGUAAAAGUAAAAAUAAUUCAAAUGCAAGGAAAAAACUCAAAGAAGCGCAGGCCCAUUUUGAGCCAGAAAUUGAUUUUGAAAAGAUCUUGUGGCCAGAUGAAUGAAUACAGUAUGAACAGUUGUCGUGCCUUAUUGACUAGAAAUAGUUAGGUUAGUCUUGGCUCAGAGUUGUUUGGAACAACAAGUAAUUGUCUCGAAAAUAAAUUCUUCUUAUAUUGUAAAAAGGUUAUUUUUUUUUAUAUUCUUCAAUUCGGAAAUGCGUAUUGCAUACAUCCACAUCCGUCCUA